AUGACAUCCCGAGUGCGCCUUGUAGCCCUGGCGUGCCUCUGGCUCACCAUUGCAUUUUUCGUAGUAUGCGUACAGGCCGUCGUGGCACAAGGUGACGACGCCAACGCCGCCCUGGCGCAACAGGAAACCCUUGAGUCAGAGAAGGACCAACACGUGCUUCGCCUGGCCCUCAUCAUCUUUCCGAUCAUGUUUGUGGUGUGGCUCAUCCUGUGCAGCAUCUGUGCGUACAUCUUCAUUUGUGUGUGUCCCAACAGAUACACCAAGUAG